AUGUUAACUUUAAAAAAUGGCGAAUUAGAACUAAUAAAAAAUGAUUUGGCUGAAAAAAAUUCAGAGAUACACUCCUUAGAAGCUAGACUCAAAGAGCUAUUAUCCUGUAAUAGAUUAUCAUCAGAACAAGUCAAAAUCAGAGAGAAUAGUCAAGUAGAUAAAGAUAUUCAAGAAUCUUUGAUUCAACAAACUUUAACCAGUUUAAAUAACAAUAUACCUAAAGAAUCAGAGAUCUCUAAUGAGAAGCGAAUAAAUAAUAGGCAGGCACGAAAGAUUGAAAUAUUACCUGUUGUGUCAUUAGAUGCUGGUGAAGCUUUG